CACUGCGACUACACCGUUGGCUGGGUUUGCGCUCUGCCCAUCGAGAUGGCUGCGGCAAUCGCUAUGCUAGACAGCAUUCACGUCCCCUUGCCCCGCAAGGAAGGCGAUAGCAAUACCUACACGUUUGGCAGCAUUGCUGAGCAUAAUGUUGUCAUCGCAUGCCUUCCAGCGAGCCAAUACGGCACAAACAACGCCGCUACAGUAGCCAGCAAUAUGAGUCGAAGCUUCUCCUCGAUCACCAUUCGAUUAAUGGUUGGAAUUGGUGGUGGAGUGCCCGAUGGCGGGAUCGACAUACGGUUAGGAGAUGUUGUAGUCGGGAACGAAGUGAUGCAGUACGACUUGGGCAAGGUCUUGCCUGACGGCCAGUUUCAGCGAACAGGCCGCACCACCACACCCCCUCACGCGAUCAUGACGGCUGUGUCCAAGCUACAAGCAGAUUAUGAAAACGCACCCAGCAGAAUUCCCAGCAUCCUCUUGGACAUGCUUAGCCAAAACGAGCAAAUGACCUCAUACGCCCAACCUAGCUUGCCAGAUCGACUGUUCCUCCCCAGAAUCCACUACGGCAAAAUUGCAUCUGGCAACCAGGUCGUCAAGGAUGGCGAGACUCGUGCUAAGAUGGCGGAGGAACUUGGCGUCAUCUGCUUUGAGAUGGAGGCUGCAGGGCUGCAUGAUUUUCCUUGCCUUGCCAUUCGCGGAAUUUGCGACUACUCAGAUUCUCACAAGAACAAGGCCUGGCAGAAGUAUUCCGCUGCUGUCGCUGCUGCAUACGCCAAGGAACUCCUGUCUGUCAUACCUACACAGCAACGAAGGGAGACUGAAGCGACAUAUCCUACAACAGACCCAGCAUUGCUCCAGAGUCGAAUAGAGGCAGUGUUGGGCUCAUUGACGUUUGAGCAAAUUGACUCGCGCCAUGCAACAAUCAAGACUCAACAUUCCAAAACUUGCCAAUGGUUGCUUGGCCACCCAAAGUACGUCGAGUGGCUUGAACCAAUCCAUUUUUCCAGUCAUCAUGGAUUCCUGUGGAUCAAUGGAAAGCCCGGCGCGGGGAAGUCAACAUUGAUGAAGUUUGCCUACACCUACGCGAAGAAUAAGUGGAAAGCAACAGCCGACGCAACCGUCAUCUCUUUUUUCUUCAACGCUCGAGGCGUUCAGCUGGAAAAGUCAACCGAGGGAAUGUAUCGGUCAUUACUUUUUCAAGUCAUUCAAAAAUUCCCGGACGUCCUACACGAUUCAGACCACAUCUUCCAAGCGAGGCACAACCAGGCUACCUGGGAUAUCGAGACGCUCCAGGCUCUUUUCACUCAUGCGGUUACCAGACUUGGCCAGCGACAGAUCACCUGCUUCAUCGAUGCCCUUGAUGAAUGUGAUAUAUCUGAGGUUGAGAAUAUGGUCGAGUAUUUUGAAGACCUUGGAGAUCAAGCUGCCAAAAGCCAAACAAAGAUUUACAUCUGCUUUUCCAGUCGCCACUAUCCGCAUAUCGAGAUACGCAACGGAUUGAAGCUCACCCUAGAGGAUCAGCUAGGUCAUGGCGAAGACCUUGAGAAAUAUGUCCGAAGCAAAUUACGAGCUGGCAACAGCAAGGCGUCUCAGGAAGUCUCUGCCGAAAUCCUAGAGAGAGCAUCAGGAGUUUUCCUGUGGGUGGUACUCGUCGUUGACAUACUUAACAGAGAGUUCCGCGAUGGCCGCAUGUGGGCAGUAAAGCGGCGACUAAGGGAGCUGCCUGAUGGGCUUAGUAACCUUUUCAAGGAUAUACUUUGCCGGGACAAUCAGAAUAUGGACGAUCUGUUACUUUGCAUCCAGUGGAUCUUGUAUGCAGCAAGACCCUUGACAUGUGAGGAGUACUACUUUGCCCUCGUAUCGGGACUGGACCCAAGCCCUGAGAACUUGGUUAGGUGGGAUCGAGCAUCCACUACCACUACAUCCAUGGAGCUGUAUCUUCUUAGCUCUUCGAAAGGCCUUGCUGAACUUGUCAAAUCGAAGAAGCGAACUGUGCAGUUCAUUCAUGAAUCGGUACGCGAUUUUCUCAUCAAGGACAACGGGAUUCGCCAAUUAUGGCCCAAUCACGCAGCAAACUUUGAAAGCUACAGCCACGAUCGAUUGAAACAAUGCUGUGAUAAUUAUUGCAACAUUGACAUUUCCGAAAUCGUGCCACAGGCUCUGCCUACCGCAUCGUCAGAGAGGGCAAAACAGUCACGUACUCGACUCUCAGAAGGGUUUCCAUUUCUUGACUAUGCGACACGACAUGUUCUUCAUCAUGCCAAUUCUGCCGAGGACGGUAUUUCUCAGAUUACAUUCUUGAAGAACUUCGCAUUGAAGCGCUGGCUUCAUUUGUCCAACUUGUUUCAAGAGUAUGCAGUUCGUCGUUACACAACCGAGGCUUCUUUAGUUUACAUCCUUGCUGAGCACAACCUACCGUCUCUUGUCCGAUCUGCAGUUGACAACGGAUUUGAUGCUCAUCCGAAAGGAGAGAGAUACGAAUACCCUAUUUUCACUGCUUUAAAAAAUGGCCAUGAAGAGGUAUACAAGGUACUCCAGGCUCAUUUCAAUGCCUCAGACAAGAUUAUUGAUGAAAUCGAUUACCAUAAAGGGUUCUCGGUUUCAAAAAACACGACUGUCCUCCAUUACGCUGCGGAGCACGGCUAUCUAUUACUCUUAAGACACUUACUCGGGUUCAUGACACCAACAAUUCACGAACAAGAUAGGCAGCUUGGCAAUACUCCUUUGCAUUAUGCAGCAUCCAAUGGUCAUGAAGCUUGUUUCCGAGCGCUGCUCUCCUGCGGUGCCCACAUCGAGGCGGCCAGUAAUUACGGCCGGACGCCGCUGUCGUAUGCCGCGCAAAAGGGGAAUAAGGCUGUUGUGCGGCUGCUGCUCGACCGGGGCGCGCAGAUUGAGGCGGCGGAUAAGUACGGCCGGACGCCGCUAUCAUAUGCCGCGGUAAGGGGGAGUAAGGCUGUAAUACAGCUGCUGCUUAACCAGGGCGCGCAGAUUGAGGCGGCGGAUAAGUACGGCCGGACGCCGCUAUCAUAUGCCGCGGUAAGGGGGGAUAAGGCUGUAAUACAGCUGCUGCUUGACCAGGGCGCGCAGAUUGAGGUGGCGGAUAAGGACGGCCGGACGCCGCUAUCAUAUGCCGCGGAGGAUAAUAAGAAUAAGGCUGUAAUACAGCUGCUGCUUGACCAAGGUGCGCAGAUUGAGGCGGUUGAUAAUAACGGCCGGACGCCGCUAUCGCAUGCCGUAGGCAGGAGCUGGAAUGAGGCUGUUGUGCGGCUGCUGCUUGACCGGGGCGCACAGAUUAAGGCGGCUGAUAAGGACGGCCGGACGCCGCUAUCAUAUGCUAUGGAAAGGAAGGGUAAGGCUUUAAUAAAGCUGCUGCUUGACCGAGGUGCGUAG